AUGAUUUUUAUCUUUUGGCACGCAAAAAUGCAAAAUUUUACACCACCAAUGAUGGAAUUUUUUAAAUAUAUGGGAGGAGGGAUGAUCAUAAAAGGGAAUUUUUCUGCCUGCCUUCCUAAAUUUAAAAAUAUCAAUAUCAUGCCUCGGCUACGUAACUGGAACCCAAAUUAUUUUAUUUCGGAGUCUGAUAUCUUUUAAUUCAGCAGAUCUUCCCGAUAUAUGUCAAAUCCAUCUGCUCUUUUCUUUAAUCAACCGAUAUCCUUCAAAUGCCCUUAAUCUUUUCAAGUCCUCUAAUAUGCUCCUUAACUGUUUUUUUUCUCUUCAAAUUAGUGUUGUACCCCGAUCCCGUUGACAAACGAUUGUUUCACAGUCUUCCCCGAUACAACCCCGCCCGAAAAACCGUCUAUCGGUCCUAAAAUGUUUCGGGGUUUUCAGGGUAUACACACCAUAAAAUGACUUUCUGGGGGAAGUUUUAAGAAAAAGAAGAA